CCCAAAUUAAAACGAAAGUUCCCGGACAUUACGGUUCAUGGGAAUUAGUGCCUCAACAAUACAAGGAUCAGAUCCUUGCCAUAAUUCAGUACUAUUAUCAAAUAGCGGGCCGCGAGGAUUUCUUAAAGUGUUUAAAUGGUAUCGAUCGAGAGAUGAAAGACCGAUACCGCAAUAGGAAAACACUAAGACACGAACACUUUGAGAAAUACUACAAUGGACCGGAGGAUUGGGAUAAGGUUCUAAACAACCCAACCAAUGAUGUUAACAAGGAGGAGUGGAAGCAGAUUUGUCAGUUAUUUACAAGUCCACAAUUUAUUGCGCGCUCCAUAAAGAAUAAGGAAAAUCGGAAGAAACAAAAGUAUUCUACAACACAGGGUACAAAAUCGCUGGCAGCCGUCCGUUUUGAAAAAACGAACCCGGACCUCAUUGAGUCAUGGAAGGAUUAUCAUUGGAAGAAAUCAAAAAAUGAUUUCGUGAACGAUGAUGCUCGCCAAUAUUAUGAAAAACUGAAGGCUGAUUUUGAGUUACGAACUCAGCAAACAUCCACUGAUGCUUCUAAUAAUGAUAGUCCGUCAUCAGUUGAUCAGGAGGAGGUGCUACAAAAAGUAUUAGGCCAAAGGCGUGGACAUGAGCGAGGAGUGGGCCGCAAAUUGAAGGGGUCGGGGUCGAGGUCGGGGUCGAGGUCAUCAUCUACCCAACACUCUCACUUCAGCGAGUCUCAAGUUCCUCCUCAUCAUUCAAGAGAAUAUAUAGAAAAUCUGGAGAAUAAUUUACAGAAAUUGACUGAUCAAGUUAAUUUCUUAACUCAAUAUUUUGUACCUUCAUUUCGUCCACCAAACGUUCAGAUGCCGCAUGUGCCUGAUAGUGACAAUACUUCUAGGGCUUCGUCUUCUCAACCUCCAGCUCCAACUCAUCCUUCUAUGUGCGGGGCAGCGCCGUCUUAUCAUAUGGUACCUCCAUAUAUGUACGGAGCAACACCUUAUCCGUGUCCGAUUCCACCGUCCUCCCAGCCAUCGUAUCCCUACAUAUAUGGAGCUGGAUCGUCCACAUUACCUCCCCAAUAUCCUUGGCCGAUGCCGCCACCGCAGCAAUCACAACCACAGCCACCGCAACAACCACAACAAGAAGACAAUAGGGAGGAGGACGAGGCAACUGACUUAGGAGACUAAGUUUAUAUUUUUAUUAAUUAUUGU